GCUCCUGGGAAUAUAAAAAACAUUUGUCCAGAUUUCAGCUGUACGCACGGGCGCACUUGCGUGUAUGGUCGCUACGCCCCUGAUUUGCAUUUAUUUGCAUCCCGAUUGAAUAAGAAUAGCAACUAUUGUUUAAGCCUCUUUGAAAAGACCCUUGAAAAUUGCAUGCUAUUCUCAUUCAAAACAGUUGUGCUGAUAAAAUUCACGUUUUGUCACUUCUGUUGUGAAAUACGUUACUUGGCAAGUUUAAUGCCAAUUCUGGUUUAGUUUAGCAGCAGUCUGGUUUAACAGUCACCCGCGAACAUACAUUAGUCAGCAAUGAAGCUAACCACGGACGAGUUUUUGGAAAAGAUUGGUAGCUUUGGCCGCUACCAAAUCGUCAUCAACAUCUUUUUCAAUUUAUGUUAUGCGUUUUGGUGGGCCAUUCCUGUGAUGAUAUCGAUAUUCAUUGCGUCAGAUCCCGGGUGGAAGUGCAAAAAUAACUCCACGUGUCCUUUUACAGAGACCAUCAGUCUGGGCGACAAACGGUACAAUCACAGAUGUGAUAUUCCCAGAGAGGACUGGGAAUUCAAUGAUGACUUCACAUCAGUUGUCACUGAGUUUGAACUUGUGUGUGAACGUGGUUCUUUGGGAUUCGUUUCCACCUCAGUCAUCUUCGCCGCUUUUUUCAUUGGCAGUCUUAUUGUGAGUUCCGUCUCUGACAAGUUUGGCAGGAAGCGGCCUCUGUUCAUUUGCGGGUUUAUUUGCUGCAUAGUUCAUUUGGUGUCAGCGUUUUCCCCUGCAUUCUGGGUUUUCGCCCUUUUCCGUGCUGUUGUUGGGUUCACGAUAGGUGCGUACAGCAUCCCGUUAUUUGUACUAGUAACAGAGUUAUCUGGCAUACGUUACAGAGGCUUUGCGGGGGGUUUAGUAUGGACUGGCUUCUUUCUCUUCACCAUGGUUUUAGCGGGUGUUGCUUACGCUAUCAGAGAUUGGCGACAGCUCACUAUAGUCACUGGAAUUCCUGGGAUAUUUUUGGCAGCCGGAUUUUUUUUCAUUCCAGAGUCCGUUCGCUGGCUUCUAAAGAAGGGUCGCGUGACCGAGGCGAGGGAAAUUCUUAGCAAGGUAGCCAGGCUGAAUGGCAAAGAAAUGCCCGAUGAAAAGCUGUAUUUAUCCAGUGACGAGCAAAACGAAAGACUUGGUGACUUUCGUGAUUUGUUUAUAUCACCAAGAAUGAUUCACAAGACGCUUGGUUCCUGGCUGAUGUGGUUCGCUGCCUCUUUUAUUAGUUGGGGUAUAGCCUUUAGUGCCCCGUUUGUUGGUGGCAAUAUCUACAUCAACGUGUUGAUUUCCACUGUAGCUGGUUUGCCCGCCUAUCCAAUCAGUGCUGUCUUGACAAUGAGGUUUGGACGGAGAAAAAUACUUGGAGUGUCAUUUUUGUUAGCUGCCGUGGGAGCGAUUGGCACUCUCUUACUGUCAGAUAAAGCCGAAUAUGAUAAAGGUUACAUGGCUGGCAAAAUCUUCAUGUCCAUGGUCGUCGCUAGGUUUAAUAGUGAGAUUGCAUUUUCCCUGGUGUACAUUUACUCUGCAGAGUUGUUUCCAACUACUGUGAGGAAUGUUGGUAUGGGUACAUCAACAGCCUCUGCCCGAGUCAGUGCUUUUGCUUCAGCUUAUGCUCCGCUUUUGCUUGAAAUCCAUCGUUUUCUGCCAUUUGGAAUAAUGGCCGGUCUCGCAUCUGCAGCUGCCAUUGUGUGCAUGACUUUACCAGAGACUCUCAAUAAACCAACCAUGGAAGAUUUGACUCAGGAUAAAAAGAAGCCAAUAGAAGAACAAAAUGGCAACAAAAUUACAAGAGAUGGCAAAGAAGAGGAAGACACUUUAAUGUGACUGAGAGCAAAAAAAUAAGAAGUGUUUUCUCUAUUUGUUUUGUAAUCAACGUUAUACUGCAAAUGGGUCUAUAUUUUAGAGUAAUGGCUCAAUGGCUACUAAAACAGCUGUAAAAGGCAAUUUAGUUUAAGGGUGGUUUUCUACAGUUUUGAAGGAUUAAAAUAAUACAAUUUUUAACUGUUUUGGUUAAAUGUUUUGUUCUUCUUAUAGGAGUUUGCUACAGUUUGUAGCCAUCUUAUACAAAACUCAAAUAAUGCAUGGAAAUGCGCCAACUGAGAAAUAGCCGAAAUGAACAACCGAGUGCUUCAGGGAAACUGGGCACUAGUCAGUGAAAUGAUUAGUUUUCUCAGCAUCAGUCCCUAUGACCCCACGUCAAAAUUCCGGGAAAUAAAAAAUUGCUGUUACGAAAUAUUCGUGCCUAGGAUAUAACUUUGUCGUAAUUUAGGUUUUUAUUAUAAUUGUUUGUAUUUUUAGAUAAAUAAAAUUUUGAUUGUUA